AAGCCUCAGGAGUUUAGAAAAUACCCUCCAAUGAACGAUUCCGUCUGUCUCUUUACGCAAUACCAUAAAUGUCGAGUAUCCAUAGUAACUCGUACAAACAAAGUGGUUGGGAAUCUUCAGUGGGUCACUAUCGUCAUGAGUGGCGCCCCCCUUGGAUAAGAUAAAAGAUGACUAUAUGCACCGCCGUCACAUCGCCUUCCACCCCACUGAUAACGUCCUACCUCGGUGAGAUUUCACUAGUUCUGGUCUAGUCGGUGGGCUCCGUACCCCAGCCGGGCUCCGAUGACAAAGUCCUAUCAAACCGACCAGCAAGCGCGCGGCUUUUCCGACACCCCCCAAAAAAAGGACCGUCGGGUUAUCAUAUCCGAUCCUUAUCGGGAGAGGAUUAUAAACAUGCACGGUUUUCUCUCUAGCGCAUUUUCGAACGUCCACUUUGCAAGAGUGCAUCUCCAUUCGCUUGGCAGGGCGGCCAAUAGCCUUGGCUCGAUCUGGAUUCAUAUCAGGACCAACACCUCGCCGACCCGCCGACUCCAACGUUCCGCGCUCCUGUGGAUGCCCGUUCGUGAAGCCGACGAUAUCCUCGGGGGUAGUUCAUCAUUGGCAAUAACGCGAAUGCAUUACCAGGGUGAUGAUUGUGACGAUGGAACUGCGGUAUUUUUCCCUGGCGAGAACGUAGGCAGUAGGCUGUCCGUAAGAAUGACUAUAAAUACUGGACUUGGCGUCGAACCUGCGACUUCUAUUAUGCUGUCUUCCAGGCGCAGCCCAUUUUGACAGCAGCUUCGAGUCAAAACAGCAUCAUGAAGGCGGUAUUGGUAACAGCCCUGUUCGGCCAACUGGCCCGGUCAUCCCCCAGGCCCGUCCUGCCCGUCGACAUAGACACCAAGGCAGCCUUGAACUCGCGCCUGGCCAACGUCUACCUCUCGUCCAGGUCGGCCGAGUCGGCCCCGGCCGGUGCGCUGACUUACACAUAUGGCGAGUGCACGUCGGAGAGCCACCAAGACGCGCACCACGUGAUUGCGACUGCUUCAGGCCCUACAAGCUCCGGCGAGAGCAGGUUGGCAUGGAGCAUCCCCGAGGAUGCCAAGUCGGGUGGCUGCAUAUCUGCAUGGGACUCUGCGGGCCGGCUCGUCGGACGCAGUGGACCCCAGACGAUGCAUCCGAGCAGGAGCCGGAAAGCCAAGCGCGGCAUCGUCAUGUCGCAGACCGAUGGCUUCGAUACCCUGGGACCGUGGUUCGACGGCGUUACCCAUCUCGAGGCAAAGAACCUGAGUGUCGUGGAUGCCGAGGCUGCCAAGGCGUCCAAGGUUGGAAUUGUUGGUGCUGGCAUGUCCGGUCUCAUGACAUACCUCGUCCUGACCCAAGCCGGCAUGAAGAACCUCGAGAUUAUCGAGGCCAGCUCCAGACUAGGCGGCCGCGUCCACACGGCAUACCUGUCUGGUGGACCCUCGGGCUUCCAGAACGGAACCUUUUCCUACCAGGAAAUGGGACCGAUGCGAUUCCCCGCCACCAUCGAGCUCAACAACCAAACGCUCAACAUCAGCGACCACCAGCUCGUCUUUGACCUUGCCGAAGAGAUGAACCGUCUCAACGGUCACUCCAAGAACCUCAGCAUCGACUUCAUUCCCUGGUACCAGUCCUCGCAGCAGGGACUGUCAUACAAGAACUCCAUCAAGCUGCCGAGCGGCAUCGCGCCCACCCUUGCAGAGGUCGCCCAGAAUGCAUCCUUGAGGGUCGACCUGGAGAUGGACGACUCCACUGCAGCGCUCAGCGCCAAGGUGGACGCGCUGGAGACGAACGAGGAGUUCUAUGCAGAGAUUGCAAAGAACAUGCACAAGGCCCAUAGUGAUUUCAUUCACAACAAGGUCCCAGGUGAAUUCGGCGGUCGUUGGAGUGAGUUUGGCUACAUGGUCAACUACUUGAACCAGACGCUGAACGACACAAGCAUGGUCGUUGGUUCUGGAUCGUCAGACUUUUGGGAUACUCUUUACGAGGGCAUGUACUUUACCGCCUCGUCGUACAAGACGGUCAACGGUGGCCUGAACCGUAUCCCAGAGAGCUUCCACCCGUUGGUGGACAACGCUACCACUCUAGGGCGCAAGAUUGAGCGCGUGCAGCGCGACAAGGCGACGGGCAAGGUGACGCUGCAGUGGCGCGACAGCUUCAAGGAUGCCCAGUUCAAAUCAUCGACAUAUGACUAUGCCGUAUUGGGCGUGCCGUUCUCUGUGUUGAAGAACUGGCGUUUCAGCCCGCCCUUGAUUGGUACUAUCGCAAACGCCAUCGCGCAGGUGCCAUACAACGGAGCCUGCAAGAUCGCAUUGGAGUUCAGCGAGCGCUUCUGGGAGACGAAGCUUCCCAACCCCAUCUAUGGCUCAUGCUCGACUACCACAGAUAUCCCAGGUAUUGGCAGCAUCUGCUACCCAUCCUACGAUAUCAACGGCACCGGCCCCGCCUCCAUCCUCGCCAGCUACAUUUCUUCGGACCAGUUUGGAAUCCGCAUGGCAUCGUUGAGCGAGGAGGAGCACGUGCAGUAUGUGCUUGACGCCAUGCUCGAGAUACACGGCCCUGCCGCCGAGGGUCUGUACACGGGCAAGUACAACCGAAAGUGCUGGUACCAAGAUCCGCUGGAGUCGGGCAGCUGGGCAUCCCCUCUUGCCGGACAGCACGAGCUCUUCAUUCCAGAGUACUUCAAGACCCAUGACGGUGUCAUCUUUGUCGGCGAGCACACUUCGUACACCCAUGCUUGGAUCUCCUCGGCUCUCGAGAGCGGUAUUCGGGGAGGUGUACAGCUAUUGCUCGAACUCGGGCUUGUGGAUGAAGCAAAAGCCGUUGUUGACAAGUGGAUGGCUCGCUGGAUUGAAAUCUAAUAAUAUUGGACACAGGAUGUAUGCCAAGGAGAGGCCACGAGAAAUGAACAGGAUAUAUAUGGUAGAACUUAGAUAGGUCAAGCGCCUUCCAGGUCACCCAGUCAAUGCGACUCUUCGCCAAGACAAACACUCCCCAAACGCCAUGCCAUGCCCAGAGUAAACCAUAUUAAAAAAUAUCAAAAUCUUAUCUCGUAACUUCCAGCUCUGCUCAGGUAUCGCACCCACUUGACACUGCUGUAGUUGCUCUUCUCAAAGACCUUGAGAUAUCGCAC